AUGGCCAAGGACAUCGAGCAACGCUUUGACGAUGCGCGCGAGUAUGAGAAGGGCGGAGAGGAUCGGCGAGGGCUGGUCUUCCUCGAUGAGGUUGGUCUGGCGGAGCGUUCGCCCAACCUACCGCUGAAGGUGCUGCACAAGCUGCUGGAGAUGCCAGGGAAGCAGGUGAGCUUCGUUGGCCUCUCGAACUGGGCUCUAGAUGCCGCGAAGAUGAACCGAUGCCUCUUGCUAUCCCGCGGAGAGGCAAGCCCACAGGAGCUUCGCAGCACUGCAGAGGCAAUCCUAGCUUCUGGCCGCGACUCACAGAUUCUGGCAGACCACCUCGACGCCUUCGGCAGCGCUUUCUUAGACAUGUGCAAGAGGCUUGCGAGCAAGGGCUUUGCGAACUUUGUGGGCCUGCGUGACUUCUAUGCCUUCGUCAAGCUUCUCGACCGGAAGUUGCCAGCUGCAGCAACAGAGCUGCCUCCGAGCCUCCUGGUCGACGCCCUCCAGCGGUCCUUCGGGGGCAUCCCAGAGUCGCUGAUCCAAGAGGUGAUGCUGGAACCCUUCUUUGAGCAUUGCAAGGCGCUGGUGCAAGAGGAGUUCGAAGAUGCUCUACACAUGCGCCUGCCCGUGCUGGACCUCAUCCACGGCAACCUGCGUGACCUGGCCGUGCCAGAGCGCUCGCAGAUCGGAGCGCGGCACCUGUUGAUCUUCGGGCCGACUGCGGCCACAGCUCCGCUGCUCCUCCAGGAGGAGUUGAAGGAGCAGAUGCCCACGGUCAUAUUUGGCUCAUCCUUCCCAGGUGACAAGUCAAUAGCCGCCAUCUAUCGGGAGAUUGCGCGCAUCAAGCAGGCCAUGGCCCUGGGUGGUUGCAUCAUGCUGGUGCACGCCGAGGAUGUGUAUGAGUCCCUGUAUGACAUGCUGAACCAGUUCUACACACAGGCACUGGGACGAACCCUCUGCCGUUUGGCCAUUGGCGCUGAGAGUCGGCAAUGCGACGUGCAUCCGGCCUUUCGUUGCAUCGUGGUGGCCGACGCAGAGAAGGCGAGUCUCUAUGAAGCACCGCUCCUCAACCGCUUUGAGAAGCAGCAGGUGGAUCACACAAGCUUCUUGAAGGAUGAGAAGCUCAAGGAGCUUGCGCCGCAGCUUGAGACCUGGGUGUCGGAGGUGCGGGGCAACACCCCUGCUUCCUCAGCCUUCUUGGGCUUCACGGAGCAGACGAUCCCCGGGCUCCUUUUGGCAGCGCAGAGGAGGAAGAUGUCCGCGGAGGAGGCCUUGCGAUGGGCGAGGCAGCAGCUCCUGGCGACCUGCUUGCCCAAGGCCUGGUGUCGACAUUCCCUCAGCUGCGGUGGAAAACCAGAUGCCCACGGCUGGAGGCCUGCUGCCCAUAGCUCCCUCCAUGACUUCCUUGCGCAAGCGAUGAGCCACGGUUACGUGAUGGACUGGAUCAUCUACACCUUCAGUUCGGCGAAGACGCAGCUCGAGCCCUUCUUGCCGAAAGAGUGGGGGGAGUCGGCGCGGCUUCUGAACCUCUCGAGUGUCGCUUCUGCCGCAGAUGCCCAGCGCCACAUUCAGGAUCUCUUCCAUGGCAAUCAGCGCGCGCUCAUUGUCCAGGCUUCUCUUGAUUGCGGCGACCAGCAGGUACCACGAAUGCUGCAGCACCUCAUGCAAAUGGCCUCAACUUGCCGCCAGCAGUGCGCCGAUCCUCAGAAAUGGAUCCUCUUUGUCGUGCACCUGGCUUUCAGCAGGAACAUACAGGUGCCGAUGCACUGCAGUGGCCAAGCAGGAUUCUCUGUGGCCUUGCUCGAUGAGCUUGCACCACCCGUGCCGUGGGAGGAAACCAUCAUCAACCACACAGACGGCGACUGGUCGACGAUCGUUUCCCUCGGACUGCUGGUGGAUAUCGUGAAGCGAAACGUGUGGCGUUUGGCAGUGGUACCCAUGCGGAACCAGACGGCAGAUUCCCACGAGUUGAUUCAAGCCAACAGGCAGGAUCUCUUCGCCCUUGUGGAGCAGCACUCCUUUCAGGAGGAGUUGCUGCACUACUGCCACCAUUGCCUUCACGAGCUUCAGAACAUUCCGAACUUCUCGGCCGGCUGGCAGGCCAAGCUGAGUCGCUCGGCGAUCGCUCGCGCGGGAUCCUUCAGGAAGGCGCAGAUUCGCCACCUGGAGGGGGCCUUGGCAAAAGUCAUUGAGCGCUUCUGCCAGUGGGUGGCCAUCGGAAGCACAGGCGCUGGUGCCUUUCGUGUCUCUGAGAAUGCGGCACUCCGCGAGCUGUGGCGAGGCACACUUCGCAGCGAGGUGUUCAGAGGCCAGUUGGAGGACAGCACUGAAGCAGAUGAGCUGCUGAACAGAACCGCCGGACUCACACAGCGAUUGCGGCUGCACUGUCCCUUUGCGCUCCUCUGGCACGGCGUCUUCGAGAAAGCUAUGUCCUUGUUGGAGGCGCACUCCGAGAGCGAAGUCGAGCCUUGGACCCGGAUGCGUGAGAUUUGCCGCGUGGAUGGGCAGCACAUGCAAAGGUGGUUCAGUGGCGGAGCUUGCCAUGCCUAUGGCCACGACGCCAUCCUUCUCGCUGCCUUCGAGACUGGCUUGACCCUGGAGGAUCAUGACGUGGCACUGUUGUUGGAUGUCGUGCUCAGCUAUGCCAGGAAGUCCGUCAGAGGCGUCCCUCUUGGGCCCGAUGUGCACUUGGCAAUCCGAAAGCUAUGGCCGGUUCUGCCACACUUGGCCAAGCUUGAGUCGUUGGGGCUCAUGGCGCCCAUCAGGGUGGCGGUGCGCUCUGAGGAGCCUGCCGAUCGCUUCUUGCCGUCCAUCGCCGAAGCGGCGGUGGCUGCUGUGACCUCGGACAGCUUUCGGCCCGCCGACAUCCUCGAGCUGCAGCUCAAGGAAGUGGAGCUGCUUCUCACGGCACUGAGCCAGGUGUUCAUUGCAGGAGGUUCUGCAAACGGUGAGAUCGACCAGGAGAAGGAGAAGCUGCAGUCGCUGAGGCAGGUGUUGGUACACCUGGUGCUACCCCUUGGACAGCGUCCCCCGAUGCGGCAGCUCUAUGAGGCCAUGACGGCCUUGCAGACCGGUCGGUUUCAGUUGAGCGAGGUUGGCGAGAUUGUCCUUGGCUUGUGGCCUGGGAGCCAGCCGUGGUACCAGCGUGUAUGGCACUGGUUCGACCGAAACAACCAACGCGAGCUGCGUGCGGACGGGGAGAAGCUUGCUGCAGUUCGCCAUUUCUUCAGUACCUCUCUGGCGCAAACGCCCGGCUUGGAGGCCGAGCUGGACAUGGCGCUGUACCUCUCCACCGGCGCCGCCCCCUCCAUGGAGGUGAGCAAAGUCCUCGCGCUUCAGUGGCUGGAGUCCUGCUUGGGCGGAUCGUUGCUGAGCUGUGCGUCAAAGAUACAGUUGGCGCGCCGGCUUCUUUCAAGCCAGUCGUCAACUGUCCGCGGUGUUUUGGAGGACUUGCUGCAAAAGCAAUUCGAGAAGGUGGGACACCGCGACCACCAUGCCAUGGCAAUCUUGGUCCAGGCCUGCCAGGGUGACCUGGAGGCUCGCAUGCAGAGCGUUCGCGACCUGCGCCGUCACUUUGUCGGGCUGCGCGGGUCCGGUCUUGACUUUGCCUGGGGAGUUGCAGCCUCCAAGUUGGUCUUGAUGAAGGCGGCGAAGACCGUCCAAGACAACCGCCCGGACCAGGUAACCACGGAGGUCACGUCUGAACUUCUGGAUGCUGCUGGAGCUUCUUCAGCGGGCCCUUCACGUCGGACCUUGGAAGUUUUCUUAGUCAAGAGUCUGAGGAUGGACCGGAUCGAGCUUGCGCAGCUGAAGCAUCGAAGUGUGGGCCUCCCAGAGUGGCGAUUUCUGGAGCUGCCGGCCAUAAGCGACGGGUUGCCGCCGGCAAGCGCAUUGGUACAGGAGAUCUGCCCCAGUGACUGCCUCUGCCAUCCCACCUUCCUGGGACAGACGUACGCUGUGCUCAAGGAGGACAUCCUGAAGAGCAAGACAGCUCCGAACGUAUCCAGCACGCAGUUGCAGCCGGCCAGCGAUCUUACAAAAGUUAUGGCCGUGUUCUCCACACAGUACCUGGGCCACUUCCGUUCACAGGUCAUGCCGCUGGCGGAGAAGAUUUCCGUAGACAGCCGCUUUGCACACAAGCUGCUUACAGCAUUGCUGACCAACUUCCCCGAUUGCCCUGCCUGGCAGGUGCAGGAAUCGAGUACCGCAGACUGGGUCUUCAUGGUUCGCCCAGUCCUACAUCUGGCGCUCAAGAGCGCGGAGGACAGGCAAAGCUUUUGGCACCGCUUGCUCGUCUCGCCACAGAACUUCCGACAGGUGCUUCUUCCUUUCAUGCCCGGUGACGAGGCUGCAGCCGUCCUUGCAGUUUUAGGAACUGCGCAAGGCCAGCGUGCUGGAGUCUAUCAAUGCCGAUGCGGCUACACGUACACCAUUGGGAACUGUACCCAGCCUUGGGUGAGGGCCCAGUGCCCAGAGUGCCAUGGGCAAAUUGGUGGAGAGAAUCACCAGUUGCAACGGGGAAAUCGACGCCUCGAAGAUACCGGACAUGACGCCUGGAGGAGGCGCACGGGGCGCCCGGGGUACAGCAAUGUUCGGGGAGAGGCUGCUCGCCAGACAUGGAGGGAUCUGACCGUUACAGAGCUCCGGUCCGGACGCUUCUUCCUUCACGGGCUUCUCAGCUUGGGCACGGCGCUGCAGCGCGCUGCUCGCAGUGAUCUCGCCGAGCUCUCUGCAGCGGAUCUCAUGAGGAAUAUGGCCAGCGACUGGCAGGUCUUGAAGGAGCUGUGCAACUGCAGCUCGGAGGAAAUGUCCGAGUGUCUCCACGCAAUAGCCAAACAAAGCUGGUACCUACCGGCGCCGGCAGGACAACAGGAGGCGGAUCGGACGCACUUGGAGAGGCUGUGGUCGCAACAUCUCCGUCGCGCCCCGUCAGGUCGAGCGUGUCCCAAUGAUGACGGGACGAGGCAAGCGGAGGAAAGGCUCCGAGACGAGCUGGAAGAUCGGGUGAAUGUAGAUCAGCUGCCCCGCCGGACUGUCAGAGACAGAAUGCUUCCUUGGGUCAUGCGAAGCUGGCAGCCGAUCAGCGGCAUGCAUAUGAUGGACGAGCUCAAGGGGAACCCCGAGUCGGCGCGAAAGCAUCCGCUCCUCCUUCGGGCCUUCGAGCGCGAAGCCGACCUCAUUACCGUUUCCAGGCUGCCGCACAUUGCCAGCUUCCAGAACUUCCUCCUUCGUCACUGCGAGAGCUGGACCAUGAGCCAGGCAAUGAAGCUGACCGUCGGGGACGUUCUUGAGAAGGAGCUUUCCGAAAGCCUUCAGCCAUUGGCCCGGGGCCUCUUCAAGGCAGCCAUGGAAGCAUGGAACUUCGUGGUACCGAGGGCACGGAUAGAUUACCAGUGCCGGGGUGAGCUGACACUGCCCAGCAUGCCGGCAGACCCGCACCAGGUGCCCAUUGCAGCCUGGCUACGGUCAGACCGUGAGGAUUGCCCCAGAUCCCUGGAAGCUCUGCUGCUGGCGCGCCAUUUGGUGGACUUGCACAAUGAGCUUCUGGGCCUGGCCACGGAAGCUCUGGGAAUGGAUGAGGAGGAUGUGGCAACAUGCUGCCUCGCCGAUGCUUUGCAUCCGUUUUUUCUAAGCUACGAGCCAGGCUCUUUGGAUCAGUGGGCUGCAGAGGCCGCUCAGGCCAGCAUUGCAAACCGGAGCUUGAAAUUCGACUGGGCUUCAGCGGCCAGCCGGGUUCACGCCAUCUUCUCUGGAGCCCGCCGAAUUGUUCCUGACAAGAUUUCUGUCAUGAACUUCCUCGGGCAGACGCGCGCGCAGCGCCCGAGAAACCAAGCGCCGCUUACAGAGGCGGUCAAGCAGCAGCUGCAGCGCAGUCUGAGCAACGGAUUACUCCAGGACGCUUGCUUGACUAUACUGCGUGACAUGGAGGCGUGGCUGCGCAUCGCACCCGCACCGGGGCAGACUGCAGCAGAGUUUGCCCGGCAAGUGAUGCACAUCGCCGUCGACGAGAUCCCGGAUGCCCUGAACUCUCUGCAAACUUCGCAGGUGAGCUGUGCUAUCGAGAGUUUGGAGGAUGCUCACAGCAGCCCGCUGGAAGGCUUGUCGGAGAAGUACCGGGUGCCUCUACCUGAUGAAGUCAAGCGCCACCUCCUGGCUCUCACGGCCUCGGAGAGGGCGGGCAUGCUCCAAGAGUGGCGGCACUUCUUCCGGAACUACCUGACGGACUACAAGGAGCCUUAUGGAGCACAAGCAGCUCUGUGCGCUUUUUGGGAAGUCGAGGACCACCCAUGGGUGGCCGCCCUGGACAGGAGUGGCCUGACAAUGUCUUCUUUCGGGCCUGCCUUUCAGGAACUCUAUUCCGUGUGA